UAUACAAGUCCAAGAUACCAUCUCACCUUCCAAAUACUCACAAAUCACAACCUCUAUUCUUAAAAGUUUAUCUUCUUCAAUUCCUUUCUGAUUUCAGAAUAGAAGCCAUGGGUAUCCGCUUGCCUGCUUUGUUUCAUGCUAAGAUGAUUCUCCGACGUUCUUUCCUGACUGCAAACCACUCUACUUCCGCGGCCUUGGAUGUCCCAAAAGGUCACUUGGUUGUUUAUGUUGGAGAGACCCUAAAGAAGCGAUUUGUGGUUCCAAUAUCAUAUUUGAACCACCCUUCAUUUCAAGAUUUGCUAACUCAGGCAGAAGAAGAGUUUGGAUUCCAUCAUCCAAUGGGAGGUCUCACCAUUCCUUGCAAAGAAGAUGCCUUCACUGAUCUCACAUCUUCCUUGAAUAGUUUAUGAGAAAAUGGUCAAAUUUUGUAAAGCAAUGAUUGAGUGUAAAUAGCUUUUUUGUAAAAGAGUCGGAGAAGAGGGAAAACAAGUUCCUUCUCCUCCCUGAAAAUUAUACAAUAGAUUUUUGUUCAAUUAUUU